GGGAGCGGGGAGGAACUUUGCACUCCUUCAAGUGCAAAGUAUUUGUUUGAUAAUCUCAAGUUUGUUUGCAGAAGGAGAGCGGAAGCCAAUUACUUUGCCGAAAGCAAAACUGCAGACUUGAGAAGCAAGGUUAACAGCGACUAUUUGGGCAAGGGAGCCGUUUGCACUGGAAAGUCCCUGGACGUGCCAUGACACAAAAUCCUGACUUUAUUUGGGCUGCAGUUGUUUUGCAAUUGGGUUGCUGCUGUUCUCUGGCGGUGUGAGCCGGCUUGCUUGCUUAAAGGUCCCAUUAGGACGCUUUACCCUUACAUCUCCCUUUUCCGGGUCUUUUUUUCUCAGAAAAACAUGUCCGUCUUUUGCUGUUGCUGUCGCUCAGCUACUUCUGAAGAGCAGGAACCACUUCCCGUGCACGCAAGGCAGCCCUGCCGAAACAUCGGGGUCUUCAGUAAGGAGGGGACCCUCACAAUGAAGCUGGUAAACGUACUUGCCAUGGACACCCUGUUCUCAGAUAUCGCUCAAGCCUUCAACAAGCAGCACGAGGACCACUCUGCCAUGAAGAAGGCUGCCCAAAAGCUGAAGGAGCUUUCUGGCUGCGCUCCCACUGCUGGUCUUGCAGCCUGCGUAGAGCAGGCACAGCGGGAGCACGGUGCCCGCGAGGUGCAGGUGCACAUGGAGGGCUAUAGUUUUUCACUCAUUGUAAAGGAGAGGAAAGUGCCAGACAAACUGCAGCGGGUCCAGCAGCAGAUGGAGGAGCUGAGUAAUUCCACAAAACGUGUCCUUGCAACAGAAACUGCCCUGCAGGAAAUGAUCUGCUCAGUGCUUGAGAACCAGACUCAGCUGGCAGAGAGAAUCAAAUCUGCAAACCCAGAGUAUCUGGACCAGAGGACCAACUUUUACAGAGCCUAUCUCUGCCCUUUUUCAUGGAAGAAAUGAAACCCAUACGGACCCUUUCUCCUGGUGGCAGGGGCAGCGGAUGACCGCACCAGUGGUGAGGUGCUUCCUACGUACUGUGUUUCGGAUAACACGGAAACGUACAUAAACGCGUACAGCAGGUAGCUACGAAUCCUGGCACCGCUGAUGUUAUUCCCUAUGCAUCUGAAGAGCUAACUGUGCUGCAGCUCCCGUUCAGCUUUCCUGGAGUCUGCAGUAUAUUUAAUGGAACAUACGUAAUCUAUAUUAAUCUUACAUGUCCAAGAAGUCUCAUGUGGACUUCUUUUGCUAUUGUUACUCUCAGACACACCACAAACCUCAUAACGUCUGUGGUUGAUUCAGUCCAGUGCACGCAGACGUGUGCGUUUCCAAAUAGCCCCUAGACACUUGGGAGUGCACAGCCUUCCCCUCCUGCCGUUCUCCGCACAGGAGAGCGCUCACCUGAUGGGUUCUGCGGCCUGAGACAUGUGAGCCAGGCCCUCAGAUGGCAUGAACUAAUACAGCUACACUGAAACCAAGCUGACAAUCAGGCCCAUAGAGAAGGAGUUAGUCUUAGUCUACUUAUUGGAAAUGUUAAAACAGAACAUUUGUUUAUCCCUUUGGAUUAUUUAAAAAAAAAAAUCUGUUUUGUAAAAAUUAAAUAUUUUGUGAACAGAAGCAUUAAAAAAUGGAUUGUUCUUUUCUCGAAAACGAUGUAAAAGUUCUGCUUUCAGACCGGUUCACAACCGAGACAAAUUUUGCCUCCUUAAAGCCCCUGGGAAAUAGAGCUGGCCACAGGUCUAGGAGUUUUUCAUCUGAGCAUCCCUACUGAA